CCCCACCACCCGGGUGCCCCCCGCAGCCCCGAGCCCCCCGGGGAGCCCGGCACCGCAGCCCACCCCUGCCAGGCCCCACGCGUGGGCAGCCAGAGCCUCGGCCCUGCACUGAGCCCCCCCGCAGCGCCCACACACGGGGGGUCAGGUGCGGCCUUUGGGGGGUCCCUGGGGGGGGCUGAUGGCCUCUGGGCCUCGAUCCGCCCCCUCCAGCGCUGACACCCCAAACUCUCGGCCCGGUUCCUCCCUGCAGGCCUCACACCCCGGGGGGGCUGCACCUCUGCGGAGACCCCAGCACCCCUGGGGGUCUUGAUAGCUUUCUCCCUUACAUUCUCUAUCAAAACCAUUUUCCUCACUUAAAAUGAGCCGUUGCAAACAAAUUCCGGGUUUUGCUGAAAAACGUAGAGUUUAAAAAGCCGCUUUGUUGUUACCCUGCUUCCAGGCCCCCCCGGUUCCCCCCGCCAAGGGAUGCGAGCUGCCCGCCCUCUCCGAUGGCCACCGACUCGAGCAGGGGACUCCAACGCUGGGAACCUGAAAGAGGCACAAAAAUUGGGCGUAUAAACACGGCAACGUCCUGCCACGCCGCGGGGGGGGUUUCACAACCCGCGUGGCCCUUGUGUGGUGGCUCUGUCGGCUGCGAUGUCGGGGAAUGUCAACCCCAGUGUUACCCACAGCUCCGGCGGGUUGUAGCCCAACGGGCUAAAAGAAAUUCUGGUUUUUGAGCGCUGGACGAACACAAGCUUCCCAUCGAGGGCAGCGCUGGGGGCUCCCUGGCUGCUUUUUUCAUCCCUCGGCAGCUCCUGGACGUCCCGCUCGGUGCUGUAGGGGUAGAAGUUGGAGGGGUUCAGCAGCAGCGACUCUUCGGCGUCCACCGUCAGGUGACAUGUGAAGGCAGCGCCCGGCACGGGGAGCGGCAGCAGCUGAGAUGCAUUCGAGCCACACCGAUGACCCCAAGGAAGCCAUACAGCUGAUCAAGAAGCAACUGGUGAAUGCCAUCAAGGCGUUGCAGAAGCAGUACGUGACCUCGGAUUCCAUCGUGACCAGCGACGAUGGGAACGCGAACACGCUCUGCAGCGCCCUGGAAGCUGUCUUUGUGCACGGGCUGAAGGCGAAGCAUAUAAAAGCAGAGAGUGGGGGGAAAGGGAAGAAAACUGGGGGUCGGGGACCACUUCCCCAGCCAGUCUUCUGGGGUCUGCUGAAGAGCAUCACCCACCGAAAUAUUGUCUCGGAGCUGGAACAACUCAUUUUUAUCAACACGGAUGUCGGGCGCUGCCGAGCCUGGCUGCGGCUGGCUUUGAACGAUGGCCUCAUGGAGUGUUACUUGAAGCUGCUCCUGCGGGAGAAAUCCCGGCUGCCCGAAUACUACCAAGCGACCGCUCUGCUCUUAGAUGCUGAAGAGUGCGAGUUUCUCCUUUGCUACUUGCAGGGCUUAACAUCCUUAACCUUCGAACUCUCCUAUAAAUCAGCGGUUUUGAACGAGUGGACUGUCACCCCUCUGUCCCUGUCAGGUCUUUGUCCUGUUUCGGAGCUGCUGGAGCCCCUCGCAUCCUCGGCAUCCGAACCCCGCAGAAAAGCAUCGCUGGGUUCGAUCUCCCAAUCAUCAGGGUCGGACGAGAUCGAGAUUCAACCCUCUGUCCUACCCAUCAGCAAAGCCAGCAGCAAAACUAAGCUCACGUCGUCCUCGCUGAGCCUUAACACCACCGGUUCGUCCCAGCUCUCCUCCAGCCUGGGCUCCGACAGCAUCCUCCCAGCCCACUGCGCCCGCAGUCCCGAACGGAGCGAGGAGCCGCUCUCCUGCGACUCUGACCUGGGGACGGCCACCGCCGAGGACCUGGACAGGUCUCUGCAAGAGGUGUUGUCUGAGUUCAACAAAGCCAAGCCGAGCCUGGAAGCCCCGGAGGGACGGCUGGUCCCCAGCGUGCUGGGCUGCUCCCCACGGCCACCUGCCUGCCCCCCACCCGCAUCGCCCACCCCCCUGGCUCGAUCCCAUGGGGCUCGCCAGCAGCUGCCUCCCAAUGCCGACAGUCCAGACUCUGCUGGGACAGGUGACGCGGUGACCGCCGCCGGCGGGGAUGGAGAUGCAGCACCGCAGGCCAGCAGCACGGCCGGUGCCUUGGCCACGCGGCGUGGUGGUCCGAGCAGGGGAGAGACAGGCAGAAGCGGCACAGUUGACAGCAGCGAGGCAAGCCAGGCAGUCCGCAGCCCGACAGCCGAAUGCCUCCUGUCUCCGCUGCUGGGCUGUCCGAAAAGAAAGAGCUGGAUCUCGGAAGAUGAUUUCUACAGACCUUCUCUGGGAGAGGGCAGCGAAAGCACGGCCAGCACCAACGGCUUUGGGCCAGAGGGGGCUGCCGAGGGGCUGGCCCCGGGGCUCAUCAGCGCUCUUGACUUGGAAAGGCUGUCGGUGCCGUCCUCGGAGAGUGGGAAGCCCAAAAUGUCACCUGAACGGGAGCAAAAGGGCUUCAGCGUUGUGCAUCGCAGGCAGAUGGGUCUUUCCAACCCUUUCCGAGGGCUCCUGAAGCUGGGCAGCCUGGAGCGGAGAGGAGCCAUGGGGAUAUGGAAGGAGUUUUCCUGCGAGCUGUCGCCGCUGGAGCUCCAGCUUUUCCUGGACCACGAGGACCGCAUCUGUGUCGAGAGCUAUUCCCUGCUGCGGUGUGAGUCACUGGCACUGACGCACUCGGACGGCCGUUUUGAGCUGGUUUUUCUGGGGAAAAAGCUCUACCUACGAGCUCCUUCUCGAGACGAGGCCGAGGACUGGUUGGACAGGAUCCGCGAGGCGCUGCAGAAGUGCCGGCCGCAGCUGGAGGAGGAGGAGUGGGAGACGCUGGAGUAUCCAGAAGAUGGUGGGGAAGGCCAGCCCAUCCAGAGCAACUCCACUGCUUUUCUCCAGUACAGUGACGUGCCUGGGAACAGCUUUGACUGGGCUCCAGCUCAUGAACCGGAGCUGGAUGCAAUAAAAGAGGCUGUUCUGUACGUGGAGGUAGACAAAACCUGGCUCCCUUUCAUUUUUUCCCUGUCUCUAGAAACUUUAAAGUGCUUUAAAGUCAGGAACAACGACAAGAUUUUAAGCAACAGUUACGGUAUAGAGACCAUCCAGGACAUCCUUCCAGACACCAGCCUUGGGGGACCUGCCUUCUUCAAGGUGAUCACCUCCAAAGCUGUCCUGAAGCUGCAGGCUGAGAACGCCGAAGAAGCGGCCUCGUGGAGGGAGCUGGUCCGAGGGGUGCUCAUGUCCUACCUGGAGAGCGCGGAAGAGGCACUGACGCUGGGUGGCAGCUUGGACGGGCACUCCCAGGUCGUCCUGAAGAACAUCGUGAAGGAAAACGGCUUCUUGUUGCAAUACCUGGUGGCCAUCCCCACGGAGAAGGGCCUGGACUCGCAGAGCUUCAUCUGUGCAGGCUGCUCCAGGCAGAUCGGCUUCUCCUUCGGAAAGCCCAAGCUCUGCGCCUUCUCUGGUCUGUACUACUGCGACAGCUGCCACCGGGAUGACGAGACGGUGAUUCCCUCGCGCCUCAUCCACAACUGGGAUCUGACAAAACGAGGGGUUUGCCAGCAGGCUUUGAAGUUCCUCACCCAGAUCCGUAACCAGCCUCUGAUCGACCUGAAGCUGGUCAACGAGAGCCUCUAUGACCACGUGGAGAGGAUGAGUCGGAUCCGCCAGAGCAGAGAACAGCUGAAGCUGCUGGGAGAUUAUCUCAUCAUGUGCCGCAGCGGGGCCCUGAAGGAGCUGAGCAAGCGGCUUGAUCACAGACACUACCUCUUGGAGUGUCCCCACAAAUACAGCGUCGCUGACCUGAGGCAGAUAGCUGACGGCGUCUUUGAGACCUUCCUGCAGUCUCUGCUCCAGUUUGCUUCCCAUCACGUCUACAACUGUGACCUGUGCACCCAGCGUGGCUUCAUCUGCCAGAUCUGCAACAGCAGCGACAUCAUUUUUCCCUUUGAAUUUGACACUACCACCAGGUGCAGCAAAUGCAAAACCGUCUUCCACCGGGACUGCCAAGCCAGGGCCAAGUCGUGCCCCCGCUGCGAGCGCCGGCAGCGGUACCAGCAAAAGCUGGAGGCGGAGGCGAGUGUGGAGCCCAGCCUUUAGCAUCCAGGGACUGACCUCGACGCUGCCCUGGGCUUCCCAUCCCGCCGGACUAGCACCGAGGGGAGGGGGCCGCCGGGAGGUGCAGAGGAGAGACCCCCCUGCCCGGGAGCUGAUCCUGCGCCUGGCCCUUCCCCAGGGACAGGGAGCUGGCGGUGCUGGGCGAUGCGGCGUGGGUGCUCCUGCCCCACAGAGGGACCCUCUGCCCACCCAGGGAUGAGCAAGGGGGGCUGGAAAGGUCUCCCCCCACACACCCCCUACUAACCUGGUGCUGCUCGGGGGUGCUCCCAGUCACCUCCUGGUGCCAACCUGGUGCAUCCCCUCGCAGUGGGAACCCAGCGGCUUCCCAGGGUGUAAAUCAGGAUUUCCAAUCAAGGGUGUGGAUAACUGACACUGAUUAAAGCUCUAGUUUUUUAGGAUGUUCGAUACUGAAAAAAUGGUAUUUUUUUACAAGGGGAUUUUGCACAAGCUGGCCUGCUCCGGGGAGGUGACGGCGGCUGCACAGGGAGGGGGCAAAGUGACACUUGUGCCUUUAGGGACCUGUGUGCCCUGGGGGACCGUGGUGCACUGGGGUGGCUGAGCAUCUCCCGCUCAGAGAGCCCACCCAUCACCGUGGCCUCUGGGAAGAGAGGGGAGAGAAGAGCCGAGCUGCUCCUCCCCACCUGCUGCUCUUAAUCCUCGGAAGAAAUUUUAUUUUCCUUUCACCCUUCCCCAUGCAAAACUAAUAAAAGUUUAUUUAACAAUGAGCAAA